AUGGCCGACCGUUUGACAGAGUUGCAGGACGCUAUUAAUUUGCAGGCUGAGAACCUUGGCAACGCAGUAGGAGUCAUUCAACAGCUUGCACAGCCAAGUCUUUUUCGUGAACUUAAUCACAACGGCCGCCGUGAGAAGGAGUGGGCAUCUAACCCGGAGUUUCAGGCUCUUUUACAAAAUCAAAGUCAAGAAGAUAACGCUCACAAGUUUGCUGUUGCGAUCGCAACUACAGCAAAACAAAUUGACCUGUUAAUUAGCUCCCUUCCCGCUGAAGAGGCUUCUCUGGAGCUCCAAGACGAGGCUACCAGACAUCUUCUCUCUGAUUACCGCAAGGAGAGCGCCAAACUUGUACAUUUAAUCACUAAAAGCUUUCAAACCCGUCUGUCGAAAGUCCGUCAACUUUUGAGCAAGAUCGCAGAGGUCCAGCUCCUUACGCGAACACUCGAAAACGAAGUAAGUCGUAUCCUUUGGUCUGAUUUAGUAGCAGCAAUAAUAGUUUGCCGUUUUGUCGGCAUUCUCCUUCCUAUUCUCGUGCCCAAGUUAGCGACCCACCUCAUACCCUCCUGCCGUGCUCAUUGUCGAGCUUCCCAACUCAGAUAUCAAGAGGUGCGCGACCUUCGCAAAAAAAUGAGCCAACUCAACAUGGUGGAUAAUUUUGCAGUUUACUCGAAGCUCGAGCGCAAAGUUAAGGCUCUGGACCGACAACAGGCUGAGUCAGACCGAUCUCAUCUAGGCACAAAGUUGGUCUGCAGCCUUUUCGCACAGUGUGUGCGCUAUAUCCUCCACGGUAUUCUCUUGGCUUGGUUGGCCUAUCAAGCACCUCGUGAGCGACUAUCCGAUGAACAGUUGGCUCUGUUGUAUGAAACUCGUGCCUUGGUCGGCAGUCUGGUGCACUGGAUUCACUAUGUUCCCAGUUGGGUUAUCACCAUGCUCUGGAUACCGUUGUGUGAGGCUACGGCGUCUCUCUUGCUCUCUAAAGUUCAGAGGUGCAUAGAAGGAGAAGAAGAUGUGAUGGUGGCACCAGCAGCGUGUCAGUGA